AUGGCUCCUCAAUUGAUGUGGGAACGGGUCAUCACGGUAGAUCCUGACUGCGACCUCGUUCUCCGAAUUGGAAGCCAGCUCCGUGGCAAUGUAGGCUCUGAGGCAACCGGCAAACAACCAGCAACCAAGGCGUCGUCCGGUGCAGCAAUACAGAAGAAGGAGUCCAGCAGCAACGCUGCUUCUGUCGGCGAGAAAGCGACCAAGCUCGUGUCCAAAGAAGUCCCCAAAGACACCAAUCUUGGACAGCCUGGAGUCCUGAUUCGAGUUGCCAGCAAGACUCUCGUUCACUACUCACCGGUGUUCAAAGCAAUGCUGACGGGGCCGUUUCGUGAGGGCCAACUGAUACUUCGUAAAGACAAUCCUCCGAUACUUGACCUCCCCGAGGAUGAACCCAACGCGAUGGAGCUUCUCCUUCGGAUCCUCCACCAAGGCAAGACAGUCACUGGAGACCACUAUGAAGAGCGCGAUGGCAAGGACAUCUGUGGAAUGGCACGGGCAAGUGACAAGUACUGCUGCAGCGCACCGGCGAAGCUCUGGUUUCGCAACUACCUGCUAUACCAUCAUUGUAAGGGAGCGGUCCUCGACUUUGACGAGUGUGGGAGAAAAAUCUUGGACGAAAUUGAACAAGAUCUCGACUUUGGCGAGCUUGCAUGGCGGAUCAGUGCUUCCUAUCUUUUGAAAGACCCUGGAUCCUUCUACCAUCUCACCAAAAAGGCCAUCAAAACCAUCAUAUGGAACGCUUUCCCCAUACCACAUGCAAAUCCUCGUCGGCCCAGAUUCGAAGCUGUCCUUCGGCGGGAUUUCUGGCCAGGGCUUAGCGGGUCCGAUAUUCAGGACAUACAUGAUUCUCUGCAAGACGCUUUCAACUCAACGGUUCACGAACUCAUCAACCUCUGUCUGAGUUUCAUGGACGUAAUUCUUCGUAGAAACGGAUGCACCUCCCACGGCGACGUCCGCGUUCGCAUCGACACUGAGGAAUUCUCUACAGACAUCCGACCACUCUGCGAUGGCCAGACUAUAAUGAUUGCGGAACUCACGUCUGAAUUGAUAGCUUGCGGCCUGUGGCCAAUACCAGCUCAGGGACCGGAUGCUCUCUGGUCGAUCUUCUUCAGAAUAACGACUCAACGUACAACUGGCUCGGCUUCUCAAGCGGCACACCACCACAGCGAGCUUGAUGACCCUGUCGGUGUUGAAACUAUUGCGGAAGAUGGCGACGUGGUCCUGAAAGUCGGGUUUGACAACGAGACGAAACUCCUGCGGGUUUCCAAGGAGUCUCUCAUGCAACGCUCGGACUAUUUCAAAGCACUUCUCUCUCCACGAUGGGGCCGCUCAACAACGGUGUUUACAGAAUCGAAUCCCUUGGUCGUCGAAGAGGAAAACGAUUUCGUCUUCGAUCUCUUCAUGCACAUUGUCCACGACAAGACACUCAAGGAUCCUGGUAAGGUAGAAGCAAUGUCGCUCACAGAUCUUCGAAACCUGGCACUGACCGUAGACAGAUUUAUGCACCGUGGAGAGAUACCGCCGUACAUUGGCCUGAACCUCGCGAAAUACCUCGAGCCCGACGAUGAGCAAACGGGGACCUUCUCCAAUUCAUUGCUCGAUUGCAUGAUCAUUGCGCGCCUGCUCAAACAGGACGGGGAAUUCGUGAGGGCUUCCAAACUGUUGACGUGGCACGUCAGUCCCAACACCCUCCCAGUUCAGAUCUCCGAUGACCUGCGGCGUUUCCUGAAACCCGACUUUGUGAAGAUGUUUUUGGGAGAACGCCGCAAAGUAAAGCGUGCACUUCUUCCAGCCCUGUGCGAGGCUUGGGACAGCGAGGAAUGGAAGGAAUGGGUGCUAGGUCAACGUCGUGAUUUUGGGCAGGCGAUGGUGAUUUUAAAGAUGCACACUCUGCAAUGGAUCGGUGAAGUUCAGAAGAAAUCGGUUUUCUGGAAAUACGAUGCCCAGAAAGCGUUGGUGUGCUCCAUGGAGGACUUGCUCGAAGAUUGGAAAGCGCAUAUGGAAUAUUGGUUCAAAUACCAUUCAAGCCAUGACGAGACGGAGAUGAAUGACUGGGCUACGAGACUUUCCGAGAGACUCCCCUCGACCUGCACGAAUUGCAUGCUCGUUCACUAA